AUGAAAGAAUCCAAACCUGUAUUGACGCCAUUGCCGACUAAAUUACCAGCUAUCACUGCCUCCUCCGAACUGUUUGACAAACCAGAGGUCUACAGACAAUUAGUAGGAUCAUUGCAGUACCUUACAAUUACACGGCCUGAUCUGUCAUUCGCUGUAAAUCUUCUUUGCCAACAAAUGCAUCUACCUUACUUAGUCCAUUACCAAUUACUUAAGCGUGUUCCUCGCUAUUUAGCUAGUACGAUUCAUCUUGGACUACCGAUCAUACGUUCCUCAUUUGAUCUCCACACCUAUUCUGAUUAUGAUUGGGCUGCUGACCUUACCAAUCGGAGAUCUAUAACAUGCUAUUGUGCCUUUCUUGGCCAUAAUUUAGUUUCAUGGUGUGUAAAGAAGCAGACGACAGUUGCACGAUCAUCCACGGAGGCUGAAUAUAGAGCUCUUUCCACAGCCGCAUCAGACAUUGUUUAG